UCAGCUGUGUCCAAUCACAGCUGAUCACAUGGGACAUGUACACUGAUGAUCAGGGCACUGAUGAUCAGUGUGCCCUGAUGAUCUGUGUAGCCCCAGCAGUGCCAGCUGUCAGUGUCCAUCAGUGCCAGCUGUCAGUGCUCAUCCAUGCCACCUGCCAAUGCCCAUCAGUGCCACAUCAAUGCCACAUAACAGUGGCUACCAGUGCACAUUAAUGCCACAUAUCAAUGCCCAUCUGAGCUGCCUUUCAGUGUCAUCCAUCAGUGCCAGUCAAUGCCACCUAUCAACGCCAGUCAGUGCUGCCUAUCAGUGCCAGUCAGUGCCGCCUAUCAGUGUGCAUCAGUGCCGCCUAUCAGUGCCCGUCAGUGCCGCCUAACAGUGCCAGUCAGUGCCAUAUAA